GUUAGUAUAGCUUACUCACGACUAUCUGCUCUCGUUCAUAUUUGCCUGAUUUUCUCUUGGCUGGUUAGUGUUUUCGCUGACACCCCCACCACCUAUACGAACCUACUAACAGUGAUGCUGCCAGGCAACACUUCACUUCCUUCUAGGGGACAGUGACUACCUGUCAGCUGCUGUUUCUUGCUCUAUCUAACUAUGCACCCCUACCACAGCUCUCAGUCCAGACUGGACCAUCUCCACUCUGAAGGUCCAGUUGGUCAUGGCCACCUCGGGUCAUCCACAUCUCUGCUGCUGUGCGCGCCCGAGCAGUCAGCAUCAACAUUAAUGAGCCGCUACAAGGAAUUUACCCAGUCAUGUCCAUCCACAAGCCGAGACUGGCAUUGUCCAGUCUGCUUGCAGACGGCUAGCUUCCCAGUCCAGACGAACUGCGGCCAUUUGUUCUGUGCUCCCUGUCUGAUCGCCUACUGGAGACAUGGGUCCUGGUUGGAUGCAAUCAGCUGCCCUCUCUGCAGACAGAAGGUCAGCGUGCUGUGCAACCUUUUUAACGAGAGUCGGUCAGACCGCCAGUCAAAGGAAGUUCUUGGGGAAAUCACAGACUACAACAAACGUUAUUCUGGAGCCCCACGAAGGGUAACAGACUAUCUAUGUGACGUGCCCCUUCUCCUGCAGUUACUGGCCCGCGGCCUGGGCACCAUGGGAGGACUCGUGUGGUUGUUUUUCUUCAGGGUGGCCCUGUGCUGUGUGGGGACCGUGCUGUCCAUCUCCUACCCUCCUCUUGACCCUGUCUCAUCAGCAAAUCAGCUGGAAACAGACCCCUCCCUGUGUGGACUGCUGGGGGUCCUAGAUGACCUGGUGGUGGUCAUCCUGCUCCUUAUCUGCGUUAUCAACAUCAACCAGCAAAUGGCGCCAGAGAGCGGAGGACACUCUGCAAAUGCUACAACCUCACAAGGAGUAAUGGGGAAUUCACUGUAGACAGAUGCUGCUGGAGUGUCAGCACAAGCUGUUUGACGUGGACUUUCAUUGGAUUUCUUCCUUUUGGCUGUAGCUAGUUGGAUUAGUGGAUGCAAGAAUAUUGACAGCCGCACAGCGUGUAAUAGCCGUGAUGUUAGAUGGCGCCUGAGCCUUUCAGACUCCAGGCCUGUUUGAGUGUUUACAGAGCCUACGCAAAAGUGAUAUCUAAAAUACAAUGUUAUGCAGUGUGCUGGUUUAGCUGUGGUUACAAAUUUGUAUUCCUUAAACUCCUAAGGCCUGACUGUGUGGCUUGGAGAUAUUUAAUCCAUAUUAAAUAAGCAAAAUUGUCAGUUUAAA